AUGGCUCAGUAUACCCAAAAUGGAGACGAUACCGUCCGUUGGACGACUUUCGAUGAAUCCUUCCAUGCGGACGGUCUUCCCUCGUACUGGGCACAAUUCAAAGACGCCAAAUGGCACAGCGGCAAGGGUCUUCCGGGGUGGAUGAUGCUCAACAAACAAAUGCUCCAAGAGGAAGCCAUCUUUUAG